ACUCUCCGAUUUCCGUGUGGCCGCCGGUGUGGGGUUAGGUAGGGUACUCACGUUUCGAAACGUAACGAAGUAAUACAGAGCUGCAGAAUUGGUCAUCUUUCUUGACUGCUCAAACAACACAUCUUGCAAUCUCUUAUUAAUUGAGAAAAUGGGUGGAUUACCUUUGCAAAAUGCUUCCCACAGCUCACUCCAAAGCCAAGCAUCAGUAACAGCAUCUGUUCCAGAGUCAAAGCCAAAGAAGAAAAUAUGUUGUGCUUGCCCUGAGACUAAGAAGUUGAGAGACGAAUGCAUUGUGGAGCAUGGUGAAGAGGCCUGUGCAAAAUGGAUUGAGGCUCACCGCCUGUGUCUUCGAGCUGAGGGCUUCAAUGUUUGAAACAGUUGUGCACCAUACAGAGCUGAUAAAAUGAAAUCAAUUUGAGGUAUAAACCAAUUAAUUUCAGGAUUAAUCAAAGAUGUUUGAAACUUGAGAAAUAAAGAAAUGAUAUUUUUCGACUGUUGGAUACCGUCUGUCCCUAAACAUUUUCAUAUAUUUUCUACUUCUGAGGUUGUAUCAUACCUCUGUAAUAUGAAGCAAAAGUGGCAUGAGAGAUUCAUGACUCAUACAUAUCAAAUGACUUUCUUUCUGUGUUUCCCUUAAAUUUUAUCAUCAUC